UGAAAAAAAAUUGUUGAUAACGAUUUUUGGAAAACCUCAAACACCAAAUUUUUUGGUGAGGGUGUAUUUUGGACUUCGGUUCUGUGUGCAUUCAAUAUUCGAUAUCGAUAUGCUGAUUGGUUCAAUUUGAUGAAAAAAUUGGCACACAGUGCUAAAAAAGCUAUCAAAAUGAAAGCUCAAGCUCAAAUUCAAAUUGCUUGUGAUAUUCGGAGUUCGGAAAUUGCUUUGUAAUUUGAUCGUUUCUUUAAAGCAGUUUUUCAGUUUCUCUAAAUUCCAUCACCAAAGAAUCACGUUACCCUCGCGAAGUUUUCGUAAAUUUGUACAUGCCUCAAAAGUGACAUCGCAACUUUGUGUUAUUACCAUUUUUUUUGUUCCAAUUUUCAAGUAAAAAUUCAUCAUUAAAUGAGAAAAAUAGUUCAAUACGAAUAUGUUCUCAACUGAAGGAUAUCCAACACAACUGCCCAGGAAAAUGCUGCAGAUCUUCAGCCCUCUGUGUUUGUACGCUAUUGCCUCGAAACGUAAAUUACCAACUUCCAGUUAUGGAAAGAUUCAUUACGUAGUCGAAUAUCAUCAUCUGCAGACUUGAACCAUAUUUUACGAAACAAAUAAAUACUAGUCAGAUUUAGAAUUUAGAAUCCCCAUAUACGUAUUAUAUUGAUAUGUUUUAAGAUACUAUAAGGUUAUAGAAAAAUUCAAAUUACCGAAAGAAAAGACUUAAUAGUGGAACAAUAUGGCAAUGGAUACUUCUAUUAAAGAAUCGAGUAAGGAUAAAUGGAGCAGCAACGGCCAAGACCAAACUAAUUUUAAGAAUGGCACAAACAAUCAUAAUAAAGCCAAGAAUGGUAAAGCUGGAUAUACGGUGGCUCGUGUCAAUGGCAAUAAUUGCGUGAAAAAAGAAGACUUGUAUAAGACCGAAAUAUUGGACUGCGGGGAGGAAAAUAUUAGCUGCGGAUUAGGACCAUGUUCGCCGAAAUGGAUGCAGGUGUUCGCGUCCAAACAAGCGUUCCUGGUUACGUUCUGUUUAACGUGGGUACUGCAGGGUAUGUUUUCGACUUAUUUCGUCAGCGUGAUCACCACCAUCGAGAAGCUAUUCCAACUGCAGAGUAAGAUGACCGGCAUGAUAAUGAGCGCCACCGAAAUCGGCCAGAUUUGCUGCACGUUGUUAUUCACGUAUUACGGAGGACACGGCCAUCGACCCAGGUGGAUCGCCUGCGGAAUGGUGCUAUUCGCGGUGUGCUCGUUUACCUGCUCGUUACCUCAUUUUCUGUUCGGUUACCCACCCAUACCCGGUAACGAUCUCAUACUCGGCCAAAAUAAUACCGUCAAUUCCACCUACCACACGAUGUGCCUAAACGACACUCUCCGCUUGGCCAACCAAUCCUCCAUCGACUGCGGCGAGAAAAUCCUACCCGAGCAGCAAGCUCGAACCAAGAAUAUCGUUUUGAUCAUUUUCCUCGUCAGCUUGUUGGGUGUAGGAAUGGGUCAGACACCGGUAUACACGCUGGGUAUAUCGUACAUCGACGAUAACGUCGCCAGUCGCGAAUCUCCCAUUUAUUUCGCCAUCACCAUCGGUAUACGUAUCCUGGGUCCGGCUCUCGGGUUCAUUAUGGGAUCCUUGUGCACGAGAUUGUUCAUCGACCUGUCUAUUAAUCCGAAGAUAUCGCCUACUGAUCCCAGAUGGCUGGGUGCUUGGUGGCUCGGGCUCGUACUGGAUGCUGCGUUCUUGUUACUCGCCUCCAUCGCCAUGUUCUCGUUCCCGGAGAAGCUCAAGAGUAACAAGAAUACUCCGGCUAUACGUAAUAGACAGGAUGCGACCAAGAAACACCCCAAGCUCAAGGAUUUCCCCAAGACGAUCAAGAGGCUGUUGAAGAACGACAUCCUGAUGUUCCGUUCGGCCAGCAGUGUUUUGCAUAUUUUACCUAUUGCCGGAUUGUAUACGUUUCUGCCCAAGUUUCUCGAGUCGCAGUUUCGGUUUCCAGCUCAUACGGCUAAUAUGGUCACAGGUGUUGGCGGUAUCUUGGUGAUGGGUCUGGGUAUCAUUAUAUCGGGCGUGUUCAUCAUACGAGUGAAACCAAAUGCCAGAUUCGUUGCUGCCUGGAUCGCUUGUGCUGCUGCUCUAUACGCCAUUGGUAUGGGCAUCCUAAUGUUCGUCGGCUGCCCGAUGAAUGACCUCGCUGAUCUUCGUCACGAUGACAAAGGUGCUUUGGUCUCGGUGUUACCAGAUUGCGCCAGGUCGUGUAACUGUGAUCAUAAAUUCAGCCCGGUUUGCGGAGCGGAUAAAUUUACCCAUUUUUCAGCCUGCUACGCCGGAUGUCAAAAUGUCACUUCGACGAAUGGAGUUAUCCAAUUUUCAGAUUGUGUUUGUUUGAAUUACCCUAACACAACGCUGGGAUACGAUGGUCUGGACAUAAAUGACAAAUUCACCGCCAAAAUUGGUUACUGCGAUUUCGAUUGCAAUAACUUCGUGUGGUACAUAAUGAUAUUUUCGUUCUUCGUAUUCAUCCACUCGACGUCCGAUGUUGGUAGUAUGUUGCUGACUUUACGAUGCGUCGAUCCUAGAGAUAAAGCUAUGGCUUUAGGUGUCAUACAAUUUGCCAUCGGAUUAUUUGGUAAUGUGCCAUGCUCGGUUAUCUACGGAGCUGUAGUCGAUUCGACUUGUCUCGUUUGGGAGAUGGUGUGUGGCAAAACGGGAGCGUGUAGUUUAUACGAUACUAAAGCAUUUCGUCAGUAUUUCCACGGAACGACGAGUGCUAUCAUGCUCUGCGCUUUCGUAGUAGAUCUGAUCGUCUGGUAUAAAGCUGAUAAUAUAAAUUUCGGUACCGACGAACCAUUACCGCAAACUCAAGAGGAAGAACUGACCCCGAUCGCCGAAAAAACUAACUGCUGCGAUAAUGAUAAAAAUUAACCCAGCUUCGGUUAUCGGAUAAAUUCCAGGAAACUUGAGAUUAUGACGUAUCUCGAUGGUACAUCGAUGGCUGGCGAAUUCUUCGACGCAGUCGUUUUCAUGGGACUGAUUAUUUUAGAUUAAUUGAUAUAAUAUUUUUUAUUAAGCCAAUUCGAGUGUGAUAUCAGCUCAAGACAUCACGUUGAUUAUGUUUUUAAAAUUUUUUUCUUUUUUUUUUUUCGUAGUACAAAAUGUUGAUGCGCUUUUAAGUUACCCAUUGCGUAUUGUUGUAAUAUUUUCGUCUUUUAUUUUUUCCAUACCGGUUAUGCAAAUGUGACAAUACUUGAACCCUUAAUUAUUUAAUUUUUUUUUCCUCGUUAUAUCUACUUUAAUAAUAUUGUACUAUCGAACGAAUCGUUGACUUAAAACGGGCUGGCAUUUAAACCGAGUGGUAACUAUUUUCAAGUAUUGUUACGAUAGGAAAUGCAUGCAAAUUGCAUAAUGCAGUUUCAUACACACACACACACAGAUACGUAUACAGUACGACUUGUGUGGGGACGUUUGGAAUCGAGAAUUUAUAGCGUCGUCGCGCCAAAAAAAACACUUACAUGGUCGAAUACAUUCUUAGAGUAUCCAGAUUGUUCCUACUCUUUUUACCCUUAAUUAAUUGUUUUUUUUCUCUUUGUUUUAUACGUGUAUUUUUUUGUUUGUCUUAUUUUUUUUUCUCUUCUCUUUCUUAUAUACUUCUUUGAUAGAACCUUGUUGUUAAUUCUUUUUUUUUUUUAGUAGUCUGGUCAGCGAAUACGGUUUCCAAUUUGUUAACUUAAUAAGAUAUUUUAUCUACAUAAUACCCCUCUUUUUUUUUUUUUUUUUGUUACACCUGAAUCUGAUAUACACCUAAGUGAAUUUAUUAUUGACCUUAGUGUAUUAUGAUGAAGAUCUUUUUAACGCAAUUAUGUCAAUUUUUUAUAUAUAUUUACGUUUGACUCGUUUUAUUAAUUUCUUUUUGCAUAUGUUGUUGUUUUAAUUUAUUUUUGUUUACGUAUCUUUUUUUUUCUUUUUUUUUUUUUUGUAACGUUGAAUCUUCAUUUUUUUAUACUUUUUAAUUUUUUUUUCUUCUCUCCGCCAGUAUAAGUAGAACGUAUAAAUAAAGAAACGAAUACCGUCUUCCUGAAAUAAUUAAUUAGGUAAUUUCGCCCACCCUGAUUUUGAAAUUUUAUCCCUCAUCAUACUGCAGCCUUACCACUCAGUAACAUGGUUAUUAAAAAUUGUUUUGUGAUAAUUUUCUAAUUGUUAUUAUUUAUAAAUGCUAGUCAAUACUACAAAGGAAUUAAUAAAAGCAAAACGGGUUGUAAAAACAACAUUUAUAUCAAAGGCGAACAUUUUUAUCGCUUUUUACUUUAUACAUAAUUAUUUCUAAUAUUUUUUUGUAUAUUUUGUAAUGUGAUUAUACUGUGUAUACUUUUUCUUUUUAAUUUUUUUUUUCUUUCUCUUCUUUUAUAUUGUGUUGCGCAGAUGUGUUAAUUUUAAUAAAAACUGUGUUUUUAACGCGA